AUGACAGCGAACGAGGACCAGGAGGUAAGAGUUUACGCUCCAGCAGUAGCCUCUGUUAGCACCGUGUAACUGCUAGCAUGUUACUAGCUGCUAGCUACUGUUCAUUUUACAGCUGACAAAGUCAGUGAUAUGGCGUCCAUUUAGUGUAAUAAAUCAGAGUAUAACUUGAGUUUAAGUCCUUAUGGAGUGUUAAAUGUCGGUGUUGCUGCUGUCAAGCGCUACAUCAUAACGGAAUUAUCUCGCCAAACUCCGUUCAAUAUAUUGCCGAUUAUUGGAUUCAUCUCUAGGGAUGAAACUGAGACAAACGAAUCUAAUAUUACAGUUUUAUUUGAUAACAAAAAUGUAAUAGGAGACAUCCGGGAUGUAUGGUUUUUAUUAGAUUAUAGAUUAAUGUUAAUUACAGUCCCGACUGUGUGACAUAGCAUGAGCAGUGACUCUACAACUGCCUGGUAAAAGUUUUGACAUUUCUAAAUGAGGUUUGGCGGCUAAAAGCUAUUAUCUCUCUCUUUCCUUGUGUUGCUGCCAUGUUUCAAUUACAGAUGGAGCUGGAGGCUCUUCGCUCCAUCUAUGAGGGGGAUGAGUGUUUCAAGGAGAUCAGUCCAGUUUCCUUUCAGUUUAGGGUAAGUAUUGUCCUUUUUACUGUCUGUAUCAACAAGAUAUUGGUUAAGGCAGACUGAAGAUAGUCAAGAUCUUUUGUUAUGUGUGUUUUUGACACUAUCGGUACAUUUUAAAAAGUACAAAAAUGGUGAAAAAGAGCAACAUUUCCUUCAGUUAUUUUUAAAAAGUGCAAAAUUUCAUAUUCACCAGACUCUGUCCACGUAAACUAAAGUGUAUGAAAAAUGAAAAAUUAUAAAUAUGACUUUUCUCUCAGUCUAGUUCAGUGUCACAACUACAAUAAUGGUAGGGAAGACUGCUUUUUUGACAGUUUACCAGAAGACUUAGGAAGUUGAAACUUUGGUAGCAGUUCUGGUACUGUGGGCAGGUGCCAGGUCCUGUUGGAAGGGAAAUCCAUAGCAUCAUGAGGCUUCUCAGCAGGUUUAAUGGCCAUGAUUGUCUCCAUGCCUUCCUACAUUGAUUGAUACAUAAACAAAACCAAAGACUGAGGGCAGGGUCUAUGGAUCAGUCAGAACAAUCUUACGCCUGACCUCUCUAAGGAUGAUUCUUGUUGUGUAACAGAUAGGAGACCUCGAGGACACUAAAGCCUUCCUCCUGGACGUCACUUGGCCAGAGACGUACCCGGAGACGUCCCCACAAAUGACCCUUGAUGCCUUUUUCAACAACAGGAUGUAAGCUGUAAAGACAAAAAUGAGUGCUGUUAAAUAUCUCUGCUAUUCAUGAUUGUCCCAGACUCUCAGGACAGCUAAAUAAUUCUUGAACGAAAGAAUCAAUGGUUAAGAUUCAUCUUGAGUUAAUCUUGGACAUGUUUUUAAACUGAGUAUUAUCUUUGAUUUUUGGGACAGCUCUGGAGAGACGAAGCAGCUCAUCCUGUCUAAGCUGGAGGAGCAAGUGGAGGCCAACCUGGGCACUGCCAUGAUGUACACUUUGUUUGAGUGGGCCAAAGAAAACCAGGAGGCUCUGAUGGAGAACCACAAGCCUGUAGCCACUAGUGUGGUCAGUUAAUUUUACUACUUUGGCUCUUAAGUGUCAGGGGUGCAACGAACAAUGAAUGAAGUCAUUCACAAUCAGCUGCAGGAGAAUUACAAAGAGCCGUUGGAGAAAUCAUUGCUCACGUUUUCGUGAGAUUUAAGAUAUUUUACUGCAGCGGAAAUGAUGAGGAGUGAGACAUCUUGCUUUCAGAUUAUUAGAAUUACAAUUAUAGUUUCAGGUAUUUUAAGUCUGAUUGGUACACUUUUUAAAAACUUUUGUAUGAAAAAGUAAACUUUUGAUUACUUUUGCCCGUGCAGACGUUGAUAUCCAGCAGUGACUCGACGUCUGUCACCUCCACUGCCAAGAAGAAGGAGAGGAAGGAGCAGCUGACCAAAUCUCAAAAGAGGAAGAUGAUCAGCAGAACAGGUGCAGGCGUCACACCGAUUACAGCUGAAACAGAGUCAAAAUAUCACCAAUAAACCAUAAGUUAAAGCUACUUUGUCUGAGCCGAGCUAUAAGAGCAGAUAAUCAGACUAAUGACAGGCAAAAGCUUUAUUAAAGCCACAGGAGCGUUAUUUUAGAGAGAGUGAAUCACCACAGACCUGUGACGAAAAUUUAAAGGAACAGAAAGAUAAACAAGACAUCAUAAUGACCUCAGAAUGUCAAACACACUGACACCAAUUUUAAAUAAGGAACUUUAUCACAAUUAAAAUCAAAUUUCUCUCUUUUUUUGUAUUGUACUUAUUCUGCCGCUCUGUCUCUCCAUGCAAGUCUUUUUCAUGCUUUUUUUAUUCACAUAUUUUGAUUUUUUUCUGCUCCCAGAUCACAAAGGUGAACUGCCAAGAGGUUGGAACUGGGUGGAUGUGAUUAAAGUAGGUGCCUUUCUCCUUUUUUCCAGUAGAUGGAGCUCUAAAUCAGCAUUCAUAUUAUUCAUUAAUCUGUCCUUUUUCCCUUCACCAUCACCUCCUCCUCCUCCUCCAGCAUGUAAGUACUAAUCAGAUGGAUCAAAGUAAAACUGUGAGUCAUAAUUCUUUCUCUAAAUGCUGCUGCUACUUACUCUUGUUUUUCAGUUGAGUAAAACAGGAGGGAAAGAUGACGAGUAG